CGGAAGACAGUUCGGGGAGACACCUCGAGGGCUUUCCCCACUUUCCUCGACCGAUCACCGCGGAAAUCACUCCGGCGGAUCGAUGAGGAUCUUUCGGCGCUCGAUGGUCCGAGAACCGUCGAAAAGCUGGCCAGGAACGGAGUGAUCGUCGAGCCAGGCUCGACGUGGAAGUGGAAGAGGAGGAACGUGGAUCAUGGGCAACGCCACCACGAAGAGCCACUACUCGAAGAGUCAUCCUGCCUCUGCCACCAGGAGGCCACGCUGGGAGGGAUCAGGACUCCCGGCGCCGCCAGGGAAGCCGAUUUUAAUACCAGGAGCCGACGAAUCGCAGCCGGAUGUGGUCGCUAUCCGUUGGGAGAGGUCACCGAGUAACGGUGGCUCGGCCAUCGUCGGCUACCUGGUCGAACAUCGAAGGCUCGGUUCGCAGCAUUGGGUGCGCAGCACGCCGGGGCUUUGCACCUUUCCGGAACUGACCUUGAGCGGCCUCGAGCCAGGAUGGCGCUAUCAAUUCAGGAUCAGGGCACAGAACGCGGUUGGCUUCUCCCGACCCAGCGAGAUCUCGGAUCCCUUGACAGUGACCUUGCAGAGGUCCGCUUCAUCCGCGCCUUACUUCGACCUCGAAGUCAAGGACACCACGGUGCUGGAGAACGAACAGGCUGAAUUUGUGGUACGAUUUGGCGGAUCGCCGCUGCCAAAAAUCUCAUGGUUCAAAGAUGGCUUCGAAAUAUUCAGUAGCAGACGAACGAGGAUCAUUACGGAAAGUGGCAGGAGCGUUCUCCUGAUACAUCAAACCGCACUCAACGACGAAGGGGAAAUAAAAUGCACCGCCACUAACAGAGCUGGUCACGCUAGCACCAAAGCCAGAUUAAUUCUAGAAGCUCCUCCAAAGAUACGACUGCCACGUCAGUACGAAGAUGGUCUCCUCUUUGAACAAGAUGAGACCAUUAGAUUGAAAGUGUCGUUAGCCGGAAGACCUCCACCUUCGGUAAUUUGGUACCACGACGGCGAAGUGGUUUCAAACGACGAUAGACACAUUUUCGAAACAAUGGACGGCGAAUCUAUUUUGAAAAUCCCCGAUGCUAAACGUGUCGACAGAGGAGAGUAUACUGUUAAGGCGAUAAAUAAGCUUGGAGAGGAUACGUCGUCGUUUCUGGUGACCGUGACAGAUCGACCAGCAGCACCUGGAAAAGCAACAGUCACAAUGACGUUAGGCAGAUCGGUGACAUUGUCUUGGGAGGAACCGCGAGACGAUGGUGGUUGCAAAAUUGGCACAUACAUUGUCGAGUAUUAUAGAGUUGGUUGGGACGUGUGGUUAAAGGCAACGACGAGUAGACAGACGAAAGCAACGCUGUCCGAGUUGAUCGAAGGGUCGGAAUAUAAAUUUCGAGUGAAAGCUGAGAAUCCGUACGGUGUGAGCGAGCCAAGCGAGGAGAGCGACGUAAUCUUCAUUCCAGAUAUAAAAAGGGGGAUAAUGGCGCCCUCGUUGAGCGGAAAGUCGCAGAGUCACAGAGAAAUCAGAUCGCGAGAGAAACGUGAGGUCAGUUUCGCAGUGCCUACUCAAAGAACGAGGAGCUUGACUAGAGAGGAGGCUCGAAGUCGGGACAAAGAUGACGACGUACAUUUCGCACCAGCUAGUCGAUCGGUAUCAGCUCAGAGGCUUACGGGAAGGCCAUCUAGAGUCGACAGUAGAGUGACGUUUGCCUUGGACACGAUAGACAAUUCAGACGCACCUGUUCCUCCGGCUAGAUCGAAGGAUCAUUCCACUUUAAAGGUUGUUGAAGGCCAGGUUGGAAAUCACGUGGAUCGUUCGAGUGUUAAUAUAAAUCCACCGAGCAACGAGAACUUGAUUCAAAAUAAAGAGCCUCCAGCAACGCCAGUGUCUUCUACGAACGUGACAGUGACACCACCAACGAUGGAAGAACCCAAUAGACGUUCAGCGUUCAGAGAAUCACGAUCUCGUUCAGUUUCGAUAUCCAGAGAGCGUAGCAUGUCGCCAUUGUCAAUGCCCAAAAUUCAAGAACAGCACGAAGAGGAAGCUUCUUCAAGUUACUCACCUCUUCGUCCGUCGAUGAACUUAACUUUAAAGAAGCAACAGGCGAUCGUUGAUGAACCUGAACCACAGUUCGUCAAGAGUCAUUCGUUGGAUGACAAACUAACAUCACCUACCUCUCCUAGAGAGAACGACGACACUGUUUUGCACGGAAGUUCAGAGUUUAUGCUGGUUUUAUAUCCUGAGGAUCAAGAAAAGAGACCGGAGGAUACUGUUGAAAGGCGGAAGAGCUUAGAAACACCGCGAAUCACCACAGACAUCACAGCAGACGUCACAGAGGACAUCGAAGACUUGAUACCACCACCCAUGUCUCUCUCUCUUCCAGAGUUAUUCAGCGCGGAACAUCAGGUAGUGGAAACCCUCCGCGAGGCGGUCAGCUCCACGGAACUUCUCCACGAACGCGCCAUGGAACGAUUCUAUCGCGCGGUCGCGGCGGAAGAAGCUUCUGAGGUGGCGAAAAGAAAGGUGCAACUCGAACGUAAAACCGGUGAAUUGGCGUCGACCGGAGAAACGAAGCCGGCCAUCGAGAACGACGUCUUCAAACGGCGAUUGUCCAACACCGCUAUCGCCUCCCCAAAUUUAAUGAACUGGCAGUCAAAGAAGAAUCGCAGGAGAUUAAGCGAGGGUCAAGCAGAGACUGUGAAACCUGCUAACUUGAAACUACUAACGUCUAAUCUGCUGCCGGAAGUGGAAGCUGUGUCCGAUCCGAACAUACCCAGCGAUUCGGAGAGUCCGAUAGUCCCUUCGUGGGGGUUGGACAAGCCGGAAGAAACGACCACGCCACUGCGCAGGUGGCACGACACCAACGUGCCAUUGGUCGAGGAGAAACCACCGGAGGAAUCGAUACUCUGGCAGUCCAACUCCAAUGAAGACACUCUGCGCAACGAGGGGCUGUCCCCUGACGCUGAAACCUCGCAAUCGAAGAAAGAAACGAAAGAGGAGACGGAUGACGAGGAAGAAGAGAGCAUGGAAACGUCCGAGGAAUCGUCGGAGGAGAUCAGCAGCGCCGACAGCGAGGACUUGAAACUUCUGAAGGCUAGAAUCCUCGCCAGACAGGUGCUAGACGAAGAGGACACGUAUCAUCCAAGGGGAAGACCCAUUCCGCACGUCGAACCUGAACCACCAGCUGUUCCCGCGCACAGAGUGCCUAUCGUAGACGUUACACCGCCCACGCCGACUACCACAGAUGCUCCCGUAUUGUUGACUGCGGUCGUUCCUAAAUCGAUUCUGAAAAAGCCCAAGGAGGAACCGAUUCCAGUGAACAGCUUCGGUAGACCGAUCCCUCCUGAGAAACCUAUCAGAAAAUCGUUGCCUCCGAAUGUUCAAGCUGUGAGCAGGAACGAAGAGGAGGACAUUGUAGACACACAGGUUACAGCCGAAUUAAUUAAAGUACCUGCUAUGUCGGAAUCCGACACUGACAGCGUGUUAUCCGCUGGCGAAGCAGCGAAGAAUCGCAGGAUCCAGGCGAAGGCAAGGACCGCAACGCCAGAGGAGGAGAUCGACGAGGAAGACAUCGAGGCGCGAAUGGCGAUGGUUAAUCACUACACCGAGAUUGUCAGGGAACACUCGAGUCGGUUUAACUACAGAAGCUCCGAGGAGAGGAAGCUCGACAAUACGACUGGCUCCAGGAGAUCCUCGUUUACCGAGGAUCACGAUCCGAAUCCGGAGAAGCUGAACAAAAGGCAAGAUUUCAGGGAAACACGACCGGUGCAACAGACGAAAGUGAGGAAGGGAAAUGAAGUGGACAGAGAGGAAAAGCCGCAGGUUAAUAAGAGGAGCACCACUCCGGCUAGAGACACGAAGCCUGCGAAGGAAAAACGAACGAGCAGACCAAGCUCCAGGAAUCAGUCCCCUGUAUCAAGAUCGAGGAACGUGUCUGUUGAGAGAGGAGUCUCCUCGAGGUCCUCGUCGAAGACCAGAGCUCGAGCUCCGUCCCAAGAUAGAAGACCACCUUCGAGAACCGGUUCCGAGGAUCAACGGUUCGUUCGUGAGAGAUCCGUCGACGAAGGUCCUCGUCGGUCGAGGAAACCUUCUUCCAAAACGCCUUCCAGAUCUAGUUCCAGAGACAGGAGCAGCAGACCCGAGACGCCGGUCGAGUUGAAGAUGGAACGUUUGCAGAGAGCUCUCGAGAGCAAGAAGUACAGAUACUCUAGACGCGGGUCUAGCGCGAAGAGAGAGUACCCUGAGAAAGCUUGGAGAGAGAGCCGAUUGAACGAGGAAAGAUUGGCGAUAGAGGCCAAGCACAAUGUCAGGUCAAUGGUGGGAUACGUGACCGAUUUGACUCUAUUGUUGGCGGCUGUCUAUAUUUAUUUGUUCAAGAAAGAGACUAUGGCGAUCCCUUUUAUUGCGCUGUUGCUUUAUAGGAGAGUUUCGGAGGAGAUUAAGGGGAGAAUGUUGGAAGGCUGGUGGUCGAAACGAAAGCAAUGAUGCUCAAAAUGGAAAUUUGAAAUUUCUGCGGUUCACCGACAGAAAUUUUCAAUGAAAAUUAAAUGGAUUAAAUGUUGGAUUGAGGAUAACGUAACGAUAUUUCUAACUGAAACUUGCAGGAAUGUAAAUUUUUUGAAUAACAAUUAGAAUUAAUUUGGAAUGAUAAUAAGGAUGAUUUAAAUAAGAGUGUCGGUAUUUCAUAACAGAAGAAUGAAAUUCGAAUGAAUUCAGAAUGAAAAUGAUGAUGUUAUUUAAAGUCGUGCACCUUGCAGUAGAGAAUUUCGAAUGAAUUCGAAGUAAAAUUUGCAACAGAGGUGUACGGAAAUGUCUGCAGUAUGCAGUAGAGAAUUUCGAAGCAGAAAUGAAGCAGAAAUGACGACAAUGACUGCUCGAAGUAAAAGAAUUGGAGUGAAAUUCGAAUGAAUUUUAAGAACAACUGUUAAUCACGCGAGAGAGAUCGAAAAUAUUCUUCGACAUUGGGGAUUGUUACGAAGAAGUGAUUCAAAGAACAAAUUCCUCUGUGCAGCAAUUGUAGCGUGUUGAGUCUCGAUCAUUUUAAUGUUGUAGACUUUGAAGUACAAUCUGUCGAAAACGCAUCGGUCGAUGGUAGAGCCAUCAUUCAGAGAAGCUAAAUUGUUAUAUUUCGUUGAGGAAUUACACCAAACGAGUACCAAAGAUGAAUAGUGUAUUCUAAGAGAAUGACAUAUUAUUAUAAAUUAUUAUUAUUAUUAUCAUUGUUAUUAUUAUUAUUAUUUAUUCCUAUUUAUUAUGGAUGUUCUUACUUGCAAUAAACGUGUACAUAACUGUUGAA